AUGAAAGAACGAAUUUGCUCACUAUCAGAUCUGAAUCUUGAAUCCCUCGACGUGGACUCCCUUGACAUAGAUUCUCUGGACCUCACGCCACUCGAAAGACCCACAAAGAUCGCAAUUAUCGGAGGUGGUAUCGCCGGCAUAUCCAUAGCCUACGAGCUGCGCAACCGUGAAUCAGCCACAUGGUGCCCCGAAGUGACUCUGUUUGAACGCGAUGCCCGCCUGGGCGGUCGGAUCCACAGCGUAUUCAAGUAUGACGAGGGCCGCCAUGUGGUUGAAGCGGGCGCUGCUUCUUUCUGGUGGGAAGACCCCAGUCUCCGGCGUCUCUUCCACGAAGCAGGGGUCGACCUCGUGGAUGCCCACGGUCGGAAGAUUCGAGAUGAGCCGCAAAGCUGCAGCGUCGGGAUCUUCGAUGGACGAGCCAUGGUGGGAAUCAGAUUAUCGGGUCCGGAGACGUGGAUGCACUUUGCGAAACAGGUCUGGCGGAACCGCUGGUCGGGGUGGUUCUGGCUGCACCUUUGCAUCCAAUUCGUGUCGAUUGCGCGGGAGAGUAGAUACUGGCGAGACUGGCGGCAGUUAUUCAGUCACGCAGCGGAUGAGGCUGCGGCAGCCGUCAAUCCAUACGAGGACGAGGUGACCAAGCUUGCAGGCAAGUACGGUCUUUCUUCUAGGCCCCAGUUGUCAGCGGACGGGGGGAACGAGCGCGCGUUGCGCCGACUCGCCCUAUUGUCGCAGGCGACCGUCCAUCUCCGGUCCACCGUCACCGGUAUCAAGGUUCUCGACGAGCAGGAUUUCAAUCUCUCCUGGACAACCCCCACUGAUGAUGGCACCGAAAAGAAGCAUACCGCGCACUUCGAUGCGGUGAUCAUCGCCGCCCCCUUCUCCCAGACUGGAAUCGCCAUCAGCCCGCCGCAUCUCCAACCACCAGCGUCCGCCUCCGUCGAGUACACCCCGCUCCACAUCACGCACUUCAUCUCUCGCUACCACAUCGACCCCACUGUCUUCAGUCUCAGCGCUACAGACCUCAUCCCCGACGAGAUCUGGAACCUCAAUCCCAAUCCUGACCCUGACCCACAGCCCACCGAAAAGAAAGACCAAGAGCCACAGCCACAGCCACAGCCAGCCCCACCACCCCCCUUCCUGACCCUAACCCGCGCCCCCUCCUCCUGGAUAUCCGGCUGCUGCGUCGACACCGAACACCUCUACCGGAUCACCUCCACCCAGGCCUUCACCGACGCCGACAUCGCCAGACUCUGCAUCCCCGCCUUCCCGGAGAAGGUCACCUUCCCGCACCAGAGCCGCUACAUCCCGUCGGCCGACGCGCUCGCGGAGCUCAAUCAACCGAAUCCGCGCUUCCGGGGCGUCCGCGUUUUCGACGGCGGGCGCGUGCACGACGAGGGGUGGUAUCUCCGGCGCCGUGGGUCAGAGGAAACUCCCCUACAGUAA